AUGGGACGAGUUCCAAUAAGCAAAUGGUUAUCACAAUACAAAUGGCGCGAAGAUCUGAGAUCAGAUCUUCUGGGCGGUACAAUGCUAUCAAUCAUAUGUCUUCCGCAAAGUACGACUACAUCUCGACCAAUUGGUCUAGGUCUGGCGUACGGGUAUUUGGUGGGUGUCCCUCCUAUUUAUGGCUUAAUCACUGCAAUAUUUAUUCCAUUAGUGUACGUAAUUUUUGGCAGCUCACGACAUAACUCACCGGGUAUAGAAGGGAUCGGGUGUUUUGCUAUAGCUGCCCUCAUGGUUGGCGGUGUGGUAGAAAAAUAUGCUCCAGGACAAGAAGUUAAUGGUAAGCGAAACAACAUUACGUGUUGGUGA